AUGACGUACACUUCGGAGCGACUGAAAGGCGAUAUCGCGACGUUCAUGGCCAACAGCGGCGGAGAACAAGCAGGGAUGGCUGCGAGCGGGACCGCGGCGGCGCUCGAGAAGGGCACGGUGCGGCUGGUGGACGUGGUGAUGGCGCUGCGGGCGCAUAUGACUGCCGAGGACGACCGUACGCGGAUGCGGGCGAUGGGGUACCUUGCCACGGUACUAGAGGCCCUGGGCGGGGAGGGCCUGCAGCGCAACGACAUCGCGGUGAUGCUAGAGUUCUGCGCAAACAAGGUGGAUGACAGUGCGUGCGCGCAGGAGGCGCUCCAUGCGCUGGAGGCCCUGGUGGGGAUGGCGAGAUUCGGCGUGGGGCAGGUGGAGGCGGUACUAACUGUGCUGAAGGAUCAAUACCAGCCAGGGAGCUACCUUGCAGCGACAAGAUACCGCGCUUUCCGACUGCUGGAGAAGGUGCUGGGGCUUUUUGGCAGUGCGCUGGUGACGAACAGCGAGCAGAAUGACCUUUUCAUUGAGACCUUCAUUGCGGUGGCAAACGGCGAAAAGGAUCCGCGGAACCUGCUGCUGUCGUUCCGGCUUAACAUGGAGAUUGGCCGGCAGCUUGUAAAUGUGGAAAAGUUCAAGGAGGAUCUCUUCGAUAUUCUUUUCUGCUACUUUCCUAUCACCUUUAAGCCACCGAAGAACGAUCCCUACCGGAUUACAAACGAGGACCUCAAGCAGGCCCUCCGCGAGGCCAUUGCCGGCACGCAACUGUAUGCGGACGAUGCCUUCGGCAACCUUGUCGAUAAGCUGGCGGCCUCAUCCCCAAGCGUGAAGAACGACACGCUGUUGACACUACAGCUGUGUAUCCACAAGUUCGCUGCAGAGGACUGUGCAAAGAACUGGAUGCCGAUCUGGCAAGCUCUUAAGUUUGAGAUUAUGAAUAGUACCGAGUCGGACGAUCCGGCGUCUGGAGUACCCCAAUUUGACAACUAUCGCGAAGCGCUGGAAACGGUAAGAUUGAUAGCCUCCAAGCUGCUGCACCUCGACAUGGGCGCGUUCGACAAAUUUCGCACACAUGUGUUCGACGACCUCAAAUCCAACUUUGCUUACGAGAAGGAGCUCAAGCAGAGCUGCGGGAUACUCUCCUCCAUUGCAAGCGUAAAUCGCAUUGCCUUUGAUAGGGUAAUGGAUAAGGUAUUGCCACUCUUCUUCGGCACGCAGCAAGACCUAGAUAUCUCAAAGCAGCGGCUUUUGAUCCUAAAUCUCUCUUUCUUCUUUGAUGCUUACAUAAAGGUGUUCGGCGAGACUGGGGAGGAUGUCCGACAGGUAAGCACCGAUGGUAACAAGCUACUUGGCCAUAAAGAUGAGAUUAUAAUGACGCUUGGGAAAGCCUUGAUGUCUUCGAAAGUGGAAGUCUCUCUUCGGACUCUGGCUAUUAUCGAGUUCACCAAACUGAUAAAAAUGCAGGGAUAUCUGAAACAUGAAGAAAGAUCAAUGGUCAUACAGUAUCUGACAGAAACAAUACUCACGGACGAUAAUAAGAAUAUAUACAUUGCCUGCUUAGAGGGACUCAAGGUGAUUAGUAGAAACUAUGAAGCUGAUGUUCAUGAAGUAUCUUUGAAGAGGAUCUUGGAACUUCUGCCAGAGUCAGCAUCUGCAGAAACAGUGAUUGUAAAUGGAGAGGAGACAAGCGUGAAACAUAUUUUAAAGGUGAUAAUUGAUUUUACUUCUUCGACACAUAAACUGGUAGAAGAGAGUAUCCAUGGGCUUGUUCAGAAACUAUGCAAAGUGGCACCGCAGGAAAACUCUAGUGAGUAUUGCUUUCUUCUUGCCUCUUCCCUCUACUGUCUUUUUGUGCCGAAUGGCGAACUUUUCACACCUAAAGACGGUACUGCCUUCAAGGAAUCAAUUUACCCGUCACUUAUGGCAGCCACUCUGAACAGCACAAGUAUCUACCAUCAUGAUCACAAUUUGAGCUUGCUCGCAAACAUUUUGAGCUACCUCAAUAUGCGCUCUGACUCUGCCAAGCAUCAUGAAGAAUUAGAAGCGCAUCAGAAGCUCUUCAUAACAAACAAGAGGGUACUAGAAGUUCCUGGGAGAUCGAUUGCCGUUUUUUUAAAUAUUUUGGCAGGAUUGGACAAAAACUGUAAAUUGGAAGAUUCUACUGGCAUCGUUAAGCAGGUGGUCACCAUGCUACUCAAAUCCCCUUUGGAGCUCUCUCCUUUCGAGCAGCUCCAUUACCAACAGCUGCUCGCGUUGCUUGCUAACAAGUGGUGCUCUGACAAAGAAAUAACUGAAGUCGUUAAUGAACUGAAUCUGAAGGAGCGCUCUAUGGAGAUCUUGGUCUGGCUAAAUAAGGGACUGCUGAUGAAAAAUUCGCCCGUAGCGACAUCCUACUUGGCAUACUUUGUCGAGCAACUGAGCCGGCCGGAGGGAGUCGCGGUUGCGCCAUAUUUUGAUAUACUCGCAAAAGACCUUCCAAUAUUCCGCAGAUACAAAGGCAUCCCCUUCCAAAACAAUGUACGGCUGCUCUAUAAGCAAAAGCUAUUCAGCGACGUGGCUGUCAAGCUAGUCGAUGGAUUUAAGAAUACAGACGAUCUCAAAGUCAAGGCAAACUAUCUUUCCUCGCUGUCGCUUAUUUUGAGGCACACACCUACAGAUAUCACUAUCUCCUACAUUGAAGAACUGCUGCCGCUUUUGCUCCAGGCGCUCGAAUUUGAGGACGGCAACGUGCGUGCUUCCUCUCUACAGACGUUAUUUGAUACCGUGGAGCACGCCCCGCAGGUCAUAGCAGGCCACGUUCACACUUUAUUGCCGCGUCUGAUACAGCUUGCACAGCCAGACAGGCACAAUAAGGUACAGGUACGCAUGCUAGCGCUUCGUACACUGGAUGCGCUACCCGGCCAUAUUCCUCUGAACCACCUGCUUCCCUUCCGCAACGAUAUCCUCUCCGGCCUUGUACCGUCCCUAGGAGACCCUAAGCGAGCCGUGCGCAAACAAUGCGUCGACACCAGGCAAACUUACUACGAACUUGGUCACGCUCAGGCAUGA